AUGGCUUUAAUAUCCUACGAAGAUGAUAAUGACAAGGUCGAUGAGACAACUGCCCGUGCUGAUAUAGAAUUGGUAUUAAACGAUUUACAACGUGUCUACAUUGAUUUGGGUCAUCUAAUUCAACAAAUCGAUUCAGUAACAAAUCGAUUUGAAUCAAGCCUUCAAAUUCUUAACAAUAAUAGUGAUGGAAAAAAAAAAUCACUUACACUUCCAUUUCAUUAUAAAACGGAUAUGGAUACCGGUGUUUGUGUUAGUAUUGGACGAUCAACAACUACUACUACGGCACUUGUUACACAAAAAACUAAUUCAACAUUUGCAAUAAAAACAAAUGGAGUUGCGACUAUAUUUCGACGAUGUAGACCAAAAUAUUUUACUUCAUCAUUUCGACCGAUAGAAGAGAAUGAUGUUGAUUAUUAUGAACGUAUUUUCGAAGAGACAAUUGAAUCCACAUCGUCGGAUUUAACGCCUGAUCAAUUAAAGGAUUUUGUUGAUGAUAUUCAAUUUUUAAAAUCCUAUAUUUCGUCGAUAACAACUCCCAUCGAUCAAAAUGAAGAUAAUUAUUUAUAUAAUUCUAUUCCAAAUCAUAAAAGUGAUACUUGCUCGUUAUCAAUAUCAAAUGAAAGUUCAACAUCAUCUAACAAUCAAACACGGCAGAAAUCAACUUUUAUUCAAAAUAUAGAAAAUAAAUGUUUCAACAUUGAGUCAAGAGCAACUAUGUUGUAA